AUGGCGGCGCCGCCUGUCCAGCCCGUGCCACCCGCGGCGGCGGCCGUGAACGGGGACGCGUUCCGCCUGGGUUUCGUCGGCGCGGGUAACCUGGCCGAGAGCAUCGCCCGCGGCGUGGCAGCGUCGGGCGUCCUCCCGGCCUCCGCCAUCCGCACCGCGCCCCACCGCCGCCCCGAGCGCGGCGAGGCCUUCGCGUCCUUCGGCGCGUGCUUGCUCCAAACCAAUGCCCAGGUCGUCGACGACAGCGAUGUGAUCGUCAUCUCAGUGAAGCCUCAGAUCGUGAAGCAGGUUCUACUUGAGCUGAGGCCACGGCUGUCAGAAGAAAAGCUUCUCGUGUCCAUUGCUGCUGGCAUCAAGAUGCAAGAUUUGCAGGAUUGGUCUGGUCAACGACGUAUUAUUAGAGUAAUGCCCAACACCCCUUCAGCUGUUGGACAAGCUGCAUCAGUCAUGUGCUUGGGAGAGAUGGCAACUCAGGAUGAUGAAAACCGUGUAAGAAAACUGUUCAGUGCCAUUGGAAAAGUUUGGACAGCAGAAGAGAAAUAUUUUGAUGCUGUAACUGGCCUGAGUGGUAGUGGCCCGGCCUACAUUUUCUUAGCAAUAGAGGCCAUGGCAGAUGGUGGAGUUGCUGCUGGGCUUCCUCGGGACCUUGCCCUUGGUCUUGCAUCUCAAACAGUUCUUGGUGCUGCAACCAUGGUGAGCCAGACAGGUAAACAUCCAGGGCAACUGAAAGACCAGGUCACUUCUCCAGCAGGGACUACCAUAGCCGGGAUUCAGGAGCUCGAGAAGGGCGCAUUUCGUGGAACGCUGAUUAGUGCUGUUGUUGCUGCCGCAAAGCGUUGCCGCGAACUGUCAUAG